GUCAGCAGUAAAAGUCCCUGCGCUCGGAAAUAGGAGGAUCGCUGAGGAUCGCUGAAGUCGCGGAAGCGAAUGCCGGCGGGGCCCGUGGUGAGAGAGGCAGCUUUGGGGCGGCGAGAGGCAGGAAUUGCGCUCUGACCCUGAGUCAGUCUUCCGUGUGAGAGACUCUAAGUUUUUCCCUCCUCCAUUGACGGUCAUCCCUCCAUCUUGCCAUCUCUCCUUUUCGAUCUUGGUCCUGGUGUCGUCUCCGUCUCUCAUCCUCUCUCAUCUUCCUGGUCCUCCAGAGCUUUUGGUCCUGUGACCCACUCCUGUAGCAGGGGUAGCCCAGCCAGACCUCUCUUCUUCUGGGUCGGCCUGUCGGCAUGGCGGGGCGAGGAGGACCAGCGCGGACUAACGGCGCCACCGCCGCCGGAAACAAAAUCUGCCAGUUUAAACUGGUGUUACUCGGGGAGUCAGCUGUGGGCAAGUCCAGCUUGGUCCUGCGCUUCGUCAAGGGCCAGUUCCACGAGUACCAGGAGAGCACCAUUGGAGCUGCAUUCCUCACACAGACAGUCUGUUUGGAUGACACGACAGUAAAGUUUGAGAUUUGGGACACAGCCGGACAGGAGCGAUACCACAGUCUGGCCCCAAUGUACUACAGAGGAGCUCAGGCCGCCAUUGUAGUCUACGACAUUACUAACACAGACACUUUCACUCGAGCAAAGAACUGGGUAAAGGAGCUACAGAGACAGGCCAGCCCCAACAUUGUCAUUGCUCUGGCUGGGAACAAGGCUGACCUUGCCAACAAGAGAGCUGUUGAUUUUCAGGAAGCACAGGCGUACGCAGAUGACAACAGCCUGCUGUUCAUGGAGACAUCCGCUAAGACUGCCAUGAAUGUCAACGAGAUCUUCAUGGCCAUCGCUAAAAAGCUUCCGAAGAACGAGCCGCAGGGUGGAGCAGGACCUGGAGGACGAGCCAGAGGCGGAGUAGACUUGCAGGAGGCGGCACCUCAGGGCAGAUCCGGCCAGUGCUGUGGAGGCGGAAACUAAGAAACCCAACCAAUCGACGACUGUCAAAUGUGGCGAGGAUCAACACAAGACACACGAUCGACAAAGUACCAACUCAUAGUCCGACAGUUCUGUCUAUUCGCAGUCAGUUAAACUGUGAAGUACAUCAGCAGCCCAACAGAUUCAACUUAAUGAACUGACAGAAAGGGGCCAUUGAUAUUCACAACCACUUGUAAAUAUUUCGACCAAUUCUACCCCCGACCAAUAGGCCGGCUCCUCUGUAACACCUGUGUUCAAGAAUCAGUUGACUGGCUUUGCUGUGUAUACCAUAAAAUCACACAAGCCCCGCCCCCUCCCUUAUCGAAACAAUGGAAAAACAUGAAAAAAAUAAAGACAACAUGCGUUUGGGGAACAAGGAGGGAAAACAACGAUCAAUUCUAUCGCACUUAAGCAGAGCUGUAAUGUUCUGUUCUGUUCUAGUCUGUGUUCAUGAUAGAAAAUCAGACUGCUGCUGGAGGGAAAACACACUUCUUCCACUUCUUUCAUUCUCUCUGGUCUGUUUUCUGAGUUCAGCCUGAUCCUCACCACCUGAACUCAGAUGCUCUCUCUCCUUCUCCUUCUCUCUUUGUCUCUCUCUCUCUCUUUCUCUCUGGAUAGAAGUCACCAUACCCAACAAGUAUUGAUUAUUCUGCUUUUCUGAUUUCUUGGCACUUUUUCUUAAGUGGAAGAGUAGAGAACACGAUAGAGAGAGAAACUAGGUUGAGAGGCUGUUUUCCCUUCACUCUCAGCAGCUUCUGUAGAUUCUGUAUUAUUCUUGGUUAUUACUAUUGUUGUUAUUAUUGUAAUUAUUAUUAUGACUACCACUACUCCAGAGCUAAUGAAUAAUGAUUUAUGAUUUCAUAGGUUAGCCCACCCCCACCCCUCCAAAUAAUUUACGUAUAUCAGACUGUAUAUGCAUAACGCAUUAACGGACAUCCUUAACACCAGUGUCUAUUUUUAGCAUUAAUGAAAUGAGAGCGAACAUUCCCGAACAGUCAACAAACGUGGCGUUAACGCACGACGAGAUUUGCCUCCUCUGACCAAAAUCAGUUUGUGUAUUGAAAAACGUAACUGUUUGCUGUAUUUGUACUCUGUAUUUUUUCUUCUUUUUCCAUUUUGUCUGCGAAAAGUAUACCGAAUCAUUAGCCAUUAUCAAUACAGUACCUUCCCACAACGGAUCAAUCGUCUACUCGUCUUUUCUUUCUGCCUGAAGAUUUUUUUUUCUUUCUUUUUUUUCCUUCUUCUGUGAAAUGAUUUUUGUAAUGAAGGUCCCUCUGAGUGCACUGGCUGUUUCUUGUCCUCUGUGAACCAUCAUUUUCUGCCCUUUUUUUUGUUUUGUUUGUUUUCUUUUUUUCUUCUUUUUGGACCAGCAUUUUCUCCAUUGCUUGUGAAUUAGCACAACGAAUGAGAGCGACUGCCCAGACACAGUUUAACAGGGUUCGGACAACUGUUUUGUGGAUGGGGGACAGAAAAACAACAAAUAAUAUCUUGUACUUGUAAUUUUACCAAUAAACAAGGGGAAGGUA